CACCUUGGAUUCUGAGCACAGCACCUUGUGUCCUGGGUGCAUCUGCUGGGUCUCUGGUGGCAGCUGCUGUGGUCUGUGAGAUGAGCAUGAUUACUAUUCGGGAUGAGAUACUGCAUUUUGCCAAACAGCUGAAGGCUUUCACACUUGGACCAUUUAACCCCUCGAUCAACGUUUUCCACUGGUUAGAGUGUCUUCUACACAAACACCUCCCUUCCAAUGCACACCAGCUGGCCAACGGGCGUCUUUCUGUGUCUAUGACGCGCAUGAGUGAUGGCAAGCACAUUUUCAUGUCUGAGUUCCAGUCCAAGGAGGACGUAGUGCAGGCUUUGCUAUGCAGCUGCUUUGUGCCUAUGUACUGUGGAGUGCUGCCUCCAUCCUUCAGAGGAGUGUACUACGUGGACGGGGGUUUCAGCAACAUGCAGCCAGUGCUGUCCGUACCCUACAGUCAAACCUUGACGGUGUCUCCAUUCUCUGGAGAGACAGACAUCUGUCCCGCCGACACACCUUGCAUGUGGGACAUGGUGGUGAGUGGCAGCACCUUGAAGGGGAACAUGGCGAACAGCUUCAGGAUCAUUAAUGCUCUCUACCCCAUGGAUUUAAAGAUACUGGAACAAGCCUACCACAGCGGCUACAAAGAUGCUUUUCACUUCCUCCAGAGCAAUGAUCUUGCCCCAUAUUUGAUGAUACACAAAAUAUCCCAAGUGCCAAUUAACUGUCACCAAACUAAAUCGUUGAUGAAUCUGACGACCACCACAGAUGAAGAGAAGGAGAUGAAGGUGGAAGAGAAAACCACACUGACGACUUUUAGAACCGACAGACGCAUGCAGACGAGAAACUCUACUGAGCACGAAUUGACUGGAAAUCGACCGGUUAAAGAUCCUCCUCUCCAUUUUGACAUGGUUAAGAAUGUCAUGCUUGGCAACAUGGUGACCUAUCUGAGCAUGUUUGGACUCCCUGCAAGACUCUUAUCCAACCUGCUCCUACCUCUCAUGCUGUCGUUUUACGUUUGGAUGGGUUUGCAGAGUGAGUUCCAGAGGGUGGGAGCAGCGAUGGAGAAGGCCCUGUCCUCCCAGGAUUUGAGAGCGGAGUGUGCGGGUGGGAGUGUGAUGAUGGAGGAGCUCAGACAGGUAGGGUGGGGCCUGGUUAUUGAGGGCUUUGUAUGUUAUGAGGAGGAUUUUGAAGUGGAUUCUCAGGAGGAUGGGGAGCCAGUGGAGCUUAUGGAGAACAGGGGUGAUGUGGUCACGGGUGUAAGAGUGGGUGAGUAG